AAUUUAACAAUUGUACUCUCAAUCAGUUAUAUUCGUUUUUAGCUGCCGGUGGCACUGAUGGAUUUGUAGAAUUGUGGGAUCCCCGCACUGCUGACCAGUGCGGGCGGUUGCUUGUGAAUGAAUUUUACGAAAUUUCUUCUUUGAACUUCCAUAUAAAUGGUUUGCAAAUGGCUGUAGGGACUUCGGUUGGUAAAGUUUUUCUUUAUGACAUUCGAAGCAGAAUUCCUCUUCUUAUAAAAGAGCAUCCGUACGAAUUUCCGAUUAAGAAGAUUAUUUUUCAUUAUCAUUCUCGAAAUAUCGUUUCUGCCGAUAAAAAAGUAAUUAAAUUCUGGAAUGAAGUUUCGGGAAAUUCUUUUACUUCCGUAGAGCAGGAAGCGGAUUUAAAUGACUUCUGCAUUCCCGGUAGUUCUGGGCUCAUUCUUACCGCCAAUGAAACUCCGAAAAUGAAUGUUUUUUAUAUACCUGAUUUGGGCAGUGCCCCGAAAUGGUGCCAUCAUUUAGACGGGAUUACAGAGGAACUUGAAGAAAACUAUACAAAUUCGAUAUAUGAAGACUAUAAAUUUAUCGAGCGCAGCGAGUUGGCUCAACUCGGCUUGGAGUCGCUCAUUGGCUCGAACCAUCUGCGCCCGUACAUGCACGGUUUUUUCAUUAAUAAAAGACUUUAUCGGGAAGUCUAUUCUGCCACACAGCCGUUUUUGUAUGAGCAGUACCGAAAAGCACAAAUCGAAAAGAAGCUUCAAGAAAAAAGAGAAAACCGCAUUGGAGUUGUAAAGAAGCUUCCAAAAGUUAAUAAAAAGUUGGCCCUAAAAUUAUUGGAAUCGAGAGAUCGCUCCUCUGAGAAGCCUCCAAAAAGCGAACUUCUACACGAUGAACGCUUCAAAUCUCUUUGGAAUGAUGCCGAUUUUGAGAUUGAUGUCGAAAGUGAAGAUUAUAAAUUAAGACAUCGUCGGCGAGAUGCUAUCAAAGUGGAGGAACAAUUUCAACCUGAAAGCUUUAGUUCUUCCGAAAUUCUUGAGGAUGACGAAAUAAAUUUAAGAAUUCCCAAAAUGUACGAACUUAAAGAUGGAGUGAAAUUUACGGAAGACAUUGUCCAACUUGAAAGUAUUGCUAGUAAACUGAAGUUGCAGGAGGCACCUUUAGGUAUUCGAGCUCAAGCAGAGGAAGAGGAGACAACCACGCUGGCUCCUAUUCGUAACCGAGUUAUUACUAUCCAGCCUCAGAAGAGUAAAGAAGUGCUCGCCAGAGAAAAAGCUCAAAAAGAGCAUUUAAAAGAAAGAAAGGAAUUAAGAAGAUCUGUGAAAGAUUUGAAUCUUCCGAAACUAAAAAUUGGUAGAAAAUUUUAUUCAAAACGAAAAUAA